AUGUCCUCUGCGCCUGUAAACCCCCUCGAGGUACCACCCUAUCAAGUACAAUCCUUGAUAUCCGGUGUUGCGGAUGCAUUCGGUCUACCGUCUACCAUUCAGGUUCGUUGUGCCCAGGCUCUAGGUUCAGAGAUAUAUAUCGGCGGGUCAGAAGGACAGCUGAUCCGCUUCGCACUGCAAGCUGAUAACCCUCAUGAGCUUCAAUCAUAUCAGAUCCUAUCACAUCAGACUCUACCAUCAAAUAAACCUAUCGAAGAAAUUGCCUUGAUUCCGUCUAUCUCUCGUGCUCUUGUUUACUCAGAUAGACAGAUUCAUUUUUACACUCUCCCGAGUCUGGAUCCGGUCCCACAUACCAUUAUCAAGCCGAUCAGAAAUGUGGUCACUUUUGCUAUUGACCAUCAACAUCUUCGGCGUCCUCCACCCUCUACUGAACCCGUGGAGUUCUGUGUGAUAAAAAGAAGCUCUAUCGCACUUUACAACAUCCUAGAGAGGCUCACCUACCAGAAGGAAAUUCCUCUACCUCAUCCUGUAUUCCUGGCGCGUCGCUUCGGGCGAGCUCUUUGUGUUGCCGAUCAGCACACGUACAGCAUCGUCGACCUAGAAGAUGCCUCGAUCUUCCCCUUAAUGCCGAUAUGCCAGACAGAGAGCGCGACACAACUCCGACCUUCGAUAAACGUUGUCUCAGACAACGAGUUCCUCAUCACUUCUUUCGCCGAAGGUGGUACUCUAGGCGUUUUUAUCACCGGAGAGGGCAUCCCAUUGCGAGGAACUCUGCAGUGGCCAAGCUAUCCACGAUCUGUCUGCCUUGAUUACCCUUACGUAGCCUCGCUACUCCCCAACGAUACCAUUGAAAUCCACAACGUGGACACGCAGUCCAUUGCCCAAGUGAUCCCCGCCCCAAGUGACUCCUCACCGACGCUCCAUCCCUGGCUCAAACUUAUAUCGUGCUCCAAUGGAUACUUGGUUCCAUCUGCGCAACGUUCAGAUAAGAUGGGGCUCACCUCUGUUCGGUUGUUCCGGGCUUGA